AUGGGUCCGCUUAGACAUCUUAAGUUGAUGACCUUAAAGCAUUCCACUGACUUGAAGGGGAUUCCCGAUCUCUCAACUGCCACUAAUCUACAUGAUUUGGAUCUCAAUGGAUGUUCAAGUUUGGUAGAGAUCCCCUCUUUUGGAAAUGACACUAGUCUUCAUGAAUUGUAUUUUAAAGGAUGUUCAAGUCUGAUAGAACUUCCUUCUAUUGGGAAUGCCAAUAAUCUCCAAAAACUUGUUCUUAGUGGAUGUUCAAGUCUUGUCGAGAUUCAUCCAUUUAUUGGGAAAGCCAUUAAUCUCCAACAGCUAAGUUUACAAGGAUGUUCAAGCCUCGUGAAGCUCCCUUGUUCUAUUGGAAAUUUCAGUAGUCUACAACAAUUGGAUCUCAAUGGAUGCAAAAGUAUUGUGGAGCUCCCCAACUCUAUCGGAAAUCUCACUAAUAUGUACAGAUUUGAUCUUGAAGGAUGUUCAAAUCUGGUGGAGCUCCCCAACUCUAUCGGAAAUCUCACUAAUAUGUAUAGAUUUGAUCUUGAUGGAUGUUCAAGUCUGGUGGAGCUCCCCUCUUCAAUUGGAGAUGCCACUAAUCUCAAUUACUUGAAUCUUAGGAGAUGUUCCAGUCUGUAUCUUCGUGAAUUAAAUUUAAAUUCAUGUUUAAGUCUGGUGGAACUCCCUUCGUCAAUUGGGAAUGCCAAGAAUCUGAAGAGAUUAGAUCUCUUUCAAUGCACAAAUUUGGAAGAACUUCCUUCCUCUAUCGGGAAUGCCACACAUCUUGAAGAGUUAAAUCUUGGUCAUUGCUCAAGUCUAAUGGCACUCCCUUUCUCUAUUGGAAAUGUCACUAAUCUUCAAAAUUUGAAUCUCAAUGGAUGCUCAAGUCUAUUGGAGUUCCCCUCUUCUAUUUGGAAUUUCAGUAAUCUCAGAAAUUUGUCCGUGACAAAUGUUUUGGAACUCUCAAGUGCUAUUGGUAAUCUCAGUAAUCUGCAUAACUUGCAUGUCAGUCGUUGCUUAAAUCUGGUGAAGCUCCCCUCUUCUAUCGGCGAUGUCAUUAAUCUCACUAACCUUAAUCUUAGUAGAUGUCCGAAUCUAGGAGAGAAAGGAGCUUGUGACGAAGUUGAAUCAAAGGUCUUUGUAUCUUCCACCGUCAAGAACAAACAGAAUUGUCUCAUUUCUGUUACGCAGAGACUACGGAACCAUCAUGUACAUCCACUUUUAACAGAGCAUCUUUACGUAUUUGAAGAUCAGGUAGAUAAUGUGGAAACCAGCGAGCUUUUCUUUGAGUUCAAAGCUCACAGUGACAUAUGGGAGAUAGGUGAAUGCGGUAUAUGCGAACUCCUGGAGGACUCUAUACAUUGA